AUGGCAGGCGAAGGCGAAGAGCUAAUCAGAGCAAAGGUUCAGAUCAUCUCACUUCAAGCGCAGAUUGCGGCGGUGACGGACCAGGCGCUGGGUGCGUUGCAGGAGAAUGCGGCAUUGUCGCGGAGCUAUCAUGCGCUGGAGGAACAGCUUGCAGCAAUGAAGGCGAAUAAUGCUGCCGACGAGGCGAAAACAGCAGAUCAAGCAGAGCUUUCUCGAUUACGGGCACAGGCCGCCGAACAGAGCGAGCUCAUCCAGCGUAUGCAAGCAAAGCGGCAAGUUCCUGAACAGAAACUUGGCUUGGCAACGCCAGUAUCACCUGCGUUGCCCGCCGAAGAGAGUGCGCAGUACUGGAAACGCAAGUACGAGCAAAUCGCAGAUUACAGCGAGAAGGUCAGGACACGCUUUCGGGAUCACAGAGACCGGUGGAAGGACUGGGCGGAGCAAGCAAAAGUGCAUGAGAAAGAACGUGUUGCCAAGCUGGCUCGAUGUGAGAUGGAGAUUGCAAAGCUGAAGAGAGAUGAACAACAUGCAAGUGCGGAAGUCAAACGACUACAAGCGGCAUUGACUGAAGCUGCAAGACGAAUUGCAGAUGAUUCUGCUUUGUCGCGAUGCGAUGUGACCAAGUCGCCGAUAAAGCACGCCGAGCAUUCAUCCAAGAUCUCGUCCGAGAAGCGGGAUCCUCUGACUGUUCUUCCAGUCAAUGCAACUGAGGAGAGCCAAGAAUCGCUCUCUCGCACAGCAGGCAAGCAAAUGAGCUCUGCGACUAAAUCUGCCGAUCUACCAGCACCGAGACCCGCCAUCAGGAAGGCGUCGUCAGAGGAAGAAACACAAGACAAUGGCAAACCAACGCCCGGUAAAAAUCGCAUCAUCAUCUCUCUCCCUGUCGCUAUCAAGGAUGAGCCUGCAGGAUCUCCGAUUAUUUGCUGUUCGCCCUCUACCCCUAUCAACCACGAACCUGCCCUUCCGAAUGACAUUACAGCCCACGCAAUGCAGUCUGGCACGCCGAGUAAGCACAAGCGCUCUCGAGAGCAGGUGAAACAAAGUUCUUCGACAGGAAAACGCCUCUGCGUCUCUGGUCAUGAUCAACCAAACUCAAAAGCCAUUGAUGCUCGACGGACCUCAUCAUUUGAAAUCCCAAGCAGUCCUCACAAGCAACAAGGAUUGGGUGAUGUUCGUCGCACACAAUCAUCGGGUUCGCUGGUCAACCCACAGGAAGACUCCAAGCGCGUGCCUCUCUGGCAAACACUGCCCCAAAAGCGUUCUCCAUUGCGACUCCCUCAACAGCCGAAGAAUAUUGGCCGUUAUGCAUCAGCCGCUAAACCUACGGGGCAGCUUGAUUUCAGUGACUUCGCUAUCGACGCAGAAAAGAAUGAUGGUGUCAAUUAUGCAUUUCAAGAGGCGCUGCGUGGUAAGGAUGCACGAAAACAGGCACAUGCAAAAGAUUGUCCAUGUUGCGCGGACUACUACCGUUUCGCUGGGCCAUUUCCAAGUCAAUCUGGACCUAUUUGGCGUGCGAAAGAGCCGGAUGAACCUGAGGAACCUGUCAUGAGUGAUGCUGAGAAGAUGAAGCAGCAAAUGAGUCGACAUCGAGAACGCUGGGAGAAGGAAAAGACACCAGAGUUGCAUUGGCGCGUUGACUUUCCUUCCACACAGGAAGUAGCAGAGGAGGCACGUUUGGCGGAGGAGAGGCGUGUACAGAAGCUCAAGGCAAUGGAAGAAGAAGCUUUGAGUGGCAAGGGCAGGAUUAUCUUUAGAGAGUCAAAACAGCCCCGACCUUCGUCUCGCAAGCGGGCCAGGCGUGUUCGUGAAUAG